AUGUCAUUCUUGGCACUACCUGCUAUUUUUUUGCUCGUUAUUUUGACCAUAUUUAUGGGAAUCGUUAACAUGUGGAUGAUUCUCAAACAAAAAAUUUCUGAUAAACUUUUCACUCGUGAUAUAAAAAUUAAUACAUCUAUUACUGCAGAAAUCACCAAAAUUAAGAAUGAAAUUAAUACCAAAAUCGGGAAUGAACUUUCUACACGUGACAUUAAAAUCGCCAAUGAACUUUCCGCACAUCUUUCUGAAAUUAAUACUACUUUCACUGUAGAGCUUGGCAGAAUCAAUAAUGAUCUUAAUAAUAAACUCACUGCAGAAAUAGGAAAUUUUAAGACACGUGAUGUGAUGUUAGCUACACCACAGAAGCGCAAAAAAUAUUGGAAAGACUUAAUAACAUUGAAGAAGCCUGCCAUAAUGAUUUUAGAUAGUGCUCUGAAAAAAAUCCGAUCUGAUCUGGAUUCGCAGAUUUAA